GAACCAGAGAGAAACAAACUGCAGAGGGUCGGAUCGCUGUCGGGAUUGUUGCCCAACAUCCGUGUAAUCCUCCUGCUACAACCCGAAGAGACGCCAAAUUCUCACAUCUGAGAGCAGGAGACAUCUUUUGGAAGUUGUUUGUGGCGAUAUUUCGGGUGGCCGGUCGGUUUGUGUGACAGAAAUCGCGCCCCGAUUUCGAGGGGUCUUCGCCGGGGCCGGACUGAUCAUUUGAUUCAAAAUGGCGUGUGCUACUCUGAAACGGACUUACGAGUUGGACCCCUUGCAUAGCCGCCCGUCCAAGAGACCGAGGCGGUGUAUGCCCAUGGCGGGACACAGCCCGAACGUUUCUCCCCACAGCUCGGGCCUGGCCACACCACCGCGGCAGAAGCCGUCGUCCUUUCCCGAAGUGGAGCCCAAACUGACCUCAGAACAAAUCUCCCAGUUCAUCCGUGAUGAGUACCGCCGCAUGCACCGCAGGCGCCGGCUGUGGGGAGCUACAGACUCUAAUGUGCAAUCCGCCGCCUCGCCGAGCCACCACGGCUCGCUCUCCCCCAUGCACGAAAGCUCCCACAUGGCCGGCGGGUCGUCCCCAAUGCAUUAUGGGGCAUCACCGAUGCAUUAUGGUACGCUGUCGCCGACGCACGGGAGCUCGUCGCCGAUCCCGGGGACGCAGUCGCCCAUCAACAAGGACAAGCCGCUAUUCUCGAUGCGCCAGGUCAGCAUGAUCUGUGAGCGGAUGAUCAAGGAACGAGACACCCAGGUUAGGGAGGAGUAUGACAAGGUGCUGUCCUGCAAGCUAGCAGAGCAAUAUGAUGCCUUCAUCAGGUUCAACCAAGACUAUUUGCAGAGGCGAUUUGGGGAGACAGCCGCCAGCUAUGUAUCAUAAACCCAGUAGCACCCAACACAACCAUUCAACCCUGUAGCAGUCACCACUGGCCAGCCAACACUUGCUCUGUUGUACCAUCAGAGCUCACUUACCCACCCAACCUAGCCACCAGUAGAGGGAACAACAGAGAGUCACACUACAACACUGGCCACUUCAUCUGUGCAGGAAGAAAUCUCCAGAACUGGCUUUGGACUUUUCACCGAGAACAAUUCUUUAAUACGAUCAUUGUACUUCUUCAGUGAAUAGUUUUACCAUGUUGGUUGAUCACUGGUUAACAACUGUCUUUGUACACAUACUUUGCAU